GAGAUCAACAAUGGAGCCUUCAGAAUAUGUCAUCUCCUCCUGCAUGUAUUCAUGCUCCUUGGGCUCCACUUCCUCACCCUCAUCUUCCUCUUCUUCUUCUUCCUCUUCCACCACUAAACACACCAACGACAUUAAACCCCUCGAUCUUUUCCCCGCCAAUGCUGUGGCGCCGCCAUUGUCGUCUUCAGUAGGCGCCACGUCGUACGACGACGUGGACAACGCCACGGUGGCGUUACAGAUCGGCCUCCCCGACCAUAACCCGAAUCACGACAAGCUCGCGGUCCGUCCCACGAAGAAUGGCGGUCCAAAUGCUGACGUGUCCGCACAGUACUGGAUUCCGACCCACGAGCAGAUCCUCGUCGGCUUCACCCACUUCUCCUGCCAAGUCUGCUUCAAAACGUUCAACCGUUACAACAAUCUCCAGAUGCACAUGUGGGGCCACGGGUCGCAGUACAGGAAAGGUCCGGAGUCGCUGAAGGGGACGCAGCCGGCGCGGGUGAUGCUGGGGGUCCCGUGCUACUGCUGCUCCCCGGGGUGCAAGAACAACGUCGAGCACCCGCGGGCGAAGCCGCUGAAGGACUUCAGGACGCUGCAGACGCACUACAAGCGGAAGCACGGGGUGAAGCCGUUCGUGUGCAGGAAGUGCGGGAAGCUGCUGGCGGUGAAAGGGGACUGGCGGACCCACGAGAAGAACUGCGGGAAGCGGUGGCUGUGCGUCUGCGGCUCCGACUUCAAGCACAAGAGGUCGCUCAAGGAUCACGUCAGGGCAUUUGGUUCGGGACACGGGGCCUUCGUUUCGUCGGCGUCGGCGUCGGCGUCUUGUAAUGGGUCGCUUGAGAGCGGGGUGGUGCUGGAUCGGAUGAUGGUGCAUGAUGAGAUGAUUGCUUCUUCUUCUUCUGAUGUUUGAUUGUUAUGUUUAUGUACGUAGGGCAAGUGCUUGAGGACUAGAUAGAUGGGAUAAUGUAGUAGCAAAUUUGUGCGUUGAGUAGCCAAUUUCAUGUGAACCAAUAUGUGUGUGCUUGUGCUAUAUGUGAACCUAAAUGGCACGUACUUUUAAUUCACAUGCUUAAUUAAUUAAUUAACUAUCUAGAGUGCAAAAGA